ACGCCCAUUAGUUUUGACAGCUAUGGAAUCUGUGUGUUGUUUGGGGUGCAUGUAUUUUUUGUUUGAUGGAAGGAUGUCAUCUCACCACAUGAGUCUGUUUGGACCGAUCGCUUUAACCAUUAGCUCCUUUUUAUGCAGUCAUUCCAGUGACAAAUUUUGAGGUAGAGAUGUCAGGCGGUGAACGCAAAAAACGUGUGUCUCGUGGGCAGGGCUGGGAGGAAGCGGGCUCUGAAUUUUAUCAAGAAAGUUAUCCAGCUGAUGUGGACCUUGAAGCACUACAGCGUGAUCCAUCACACAUUGCCACAUUACUUCCAAGCAAACAGUCCCGUGCAGCAACUGCAAAACGUGUAAGAGGAGAUGCAAAGCCAACAUUGCGCCGACGAACAUCUACACGCAGUCGAUGCCACAGCACUGCACGUCGUACAUCUGCAGCUGUUGACACACAUGUUGCGAUGCUGCCUGACCUAUCAGAAAUCAAGUCAAAUGAGGAAAGAACAUGGGAGGAAAUCAUGCAGAUUAAAGCAAUGCCUGUGAGCAUGUCACAGAAGAAGGAGCUCAAAUCCAAACUGCAGAAUGCAGAUAAGCUGAGGCUACAAGGCUAUGAACAAUUCAAGUGGCAAAGAAGAAAGUUCUGGCAACAUUUCAAGAAUCGAUGGAAGGAAACUUACUCAAAGCUUGAACUGUGGCGACACAGUCUGAAGAAGAUUGAAGGAAACUUUGGCACUGGAGUAGUUUCAUAUUUUCUCUUUGUGAAGUGGCUUAUGUUUUUGAAUUGUGUUAUUUUCUUUUUUUUAUUUUGUUUUGUUGUGCUUCCACAAUUGCUCGUGAGACCUGAAGACACAAGUAACUGUGAUAGCUUUAACAGUUCUAGUAGCUUUAAUGUUAGCACAAGUGAAGCAAGUGUCAAUGUCUUAGACAUCAUUCAGGGAACAGGGUGGAUGGAAAAAACUUUGAUGUUCUAUGGUUUUUAUUCUAAUGGGACUUUAGGAGGAAGUGAUACAUCAUAUUUGUAUUAUAAUUUGCCUCUUGCAUAUAUAGCAGUUACAUUAGUCUGCUUUUUGAUGAGUUUGUCAGCUAUUGUCAAAUCUGCUGCUCAUGGCUUUAAAGACAGGUUGAUGGAAGGUGAGGGACAGUUCUACCAGUAUUGUAAUAUAGUGUUUGGAGGGUGGGACUACUGCAUACAUAAUGAAAAAUCUGCCACUAUUAAGCAUAAAGCUAUAUUUAAUGAGAUAAAGGGAUGUCUCGAGGCAGAGAGACUGGAAGAAGAGAGGCAAAGUAGGUCAAGAGAUGAAAAAGUGAGACUGUAUCUUUUACGUUUUGCAAUCAAUUUGAUGGUUCUUCUCGUCUUGGCUGGGGGAGGGUUCCUAAUUUAUUUUGUUUUCAAGUCCUCACACACUGCUCUGGAUGAUUACAAGAGAGACACAGAAGAUUUUGGAACUAUAGAAAACAUGUAUGUUUUGCUGCUGGAAUACUUGCCAUCUAUAACAAUAGUGGGGCUUAACUUAAUUGUACCAAAUAUAUUUAUGUAUCUAGUCACUUUAGAAAAGUACUCACCACUCUUUGUAGUUAGAAUAACAUUGAUGAGAACAGUACUGCUGCGACUGGCAUCCUUAGCAAUUCUCCUAGUCUCAUUUUAUAAUGUUAUAAAGUGUGAUAACUGCAAUCCUCCAAGAUGCUGGGAAACGUAUGUUGGUCAGCAGUUGUACAAACUAGUUGUUAUGGAUUUUGUCACUCACAUUGCCACUACAUUUUUGAUCAAUUUUCCACGCAUGUUAAUUGCAAAGCACUUCAAAAGUAAGAUUGCCAAACUGAUAGGAGUACAGGAAUUUGAGUUACCACAACAUGUCUUGGAUAUCAUAUAUAGCCAGACAUUAUGCUGGUUAGGAAGCUUUUAUGCACCAAUUCUCCCCUUUCUUGCUACAGUUGAAUGUUUCCUUCUUUUUUACAUCAAGAAGUUUUCUUGCCUUGUUAAUAGUACACCAUCAUCCACUGUCUAUAGGGCAUCCCGCUCUAAUUCUAUGUUUAUGUUUGUUCUUUUAAUAUCAUUCUUAUUGGCAGUUGUGCCAGUGGCCUAUUCAAUAGCUGAAAUUACUCCAUCUGAAUGUUGUGGCCCAUUUAGAGGUCAUUUUUCAGUGUGGUCUUUUGUCAUUUACACAUUUGAGCAAUUUCCAUCGUGGAUUAGAAGUGUGCUAUUUUUCUUCUCAACUGCAGGAUUUGCCGUCCCAGCCUUUAUAGUUCUAGCACUGUGCUUGUAUUAUUUUCAUGCAGUGUCUUGUGCUAAUAAACAAAUGGUAAUGGUACUAAAAAACCAGCUAGUUUUAGAGGGCCAUGACAAACAGUUCCUUCUAAACAGGCUGAGUGCAAUUAUCAAACAGCAGCAGCAACAGCAACAAGAACAUCAUAAAGCAAUGCGCCAAGCAGAAAUGUCCAAUGUCGAAGGAAUUUCAAAUGCCAGUUAAACAUACCCUGAUGCUGCUACACACAUGUAUAAAAAGUGGAAGUCCUUCUGUAAAGCAUUUUUACCAAAUUUUAUAUAAAUUUAAACUUUUGAUAUUCUUCUUUAGAAUAAUUUUAUACAGAUGAGAUUUGAAUACUUGCAAGAGCUUUCCUUUUUCAUUAACUGUGGUCUUUAACAAGCCAGCAUUCACUGUAGUGCUCACCAAUUUGUCAAAUUGCCGGGAGUUCCUUAUAGGCAAAUGUUAUUGAGAUAAUGUAAAAAAAAUAGUUACAUUACUGGCUGUGACUGAUGUAACAUUAGUGAAUUCUAGAUGUUUUUUCGUGUGAAGUAGUAUUUAUAUGUUUUAGUACCACAAAAUGAAGUCACUGUUGCUCUAAAAUAUUUGGUUGGAAAUAUGAGACUGAUUCUCUUCAGAUUUUUUGUUACAAGAAAUUGCAAGGAAAGAAACGUGUGUGAUUGGAUCAAUUAUUUUUAACAUAUUUUUAAUGUACUACCAGACGUGUAAUGAUUGUUAUCUAGUCAUGUAUCUGUUCAGUUCUAGUUACCACAAAGAGCAUUCCUUGUGUUUUUAAAAUGCUGCUGCUCUUUCUUUUUUCUGUUUUAAAACUUCAAAGAAACUUUGUAUAUUCCUCAUUGUCUAUUCACAUUCUUAUAUUGUACAAAACUGAAUUACAGAUCAGUUUGAAUAAGUAAUUAGUGUUAUUUGCCAGUUUCAGUGCACUGGACAAUUUAAACGCAUGUGCUGUGAAUUUGAUUGAGCAUCCUGUUGUGUAUUAAAGAUGAAAUGGACUAGAGUUAGAGAAAUAAUUGUUCUUUUAAUUACUUGCCCCCAAAGAGAUUUUCUCAUGUAUUAGGGGCCAAACUGUUUGUAAUAAACAAAAUGUGAUGUAAAAGUCUCAUAAUGUACAUAAUUCCAUGU